AUGGGACUGUUUUCUGUUCUUGACAGUCCCAACGUUCGUUGUAAUGACAAGGAUAGUGUCAUCAAUAAAAUAAAGCAGCUCGUUUCAGGAGGGAAGGAUAAUCUUCAAUUUAUCACGGAUUUUGACAGAACUCUAACCAAGCGUAGUUCCGAAACAUCUUUUGGUAUCCUGGAACACCACCCCAAUUUCCCCGAAAGUGUUAAAAUUGAGACUGCGAAGUUAGUAAAAAAAUAUCUUCCAAUUGAAUUUGACCCAAAAUUUUCUGUGCAAGAGAAAAUACCUCUAAUGGUUGAAUGGUGGAUGGCUUCUGAACAAUGCUUGAAAGGACUGGUGUUGGAUUAUGCAAACUUUGAAGCAGCUGUUCGAGCAGCUAAUAUGCCUUUCAGGGACGAGUGUGAUCGCAUGCUGAAGGUUUUGAACGAAGCCAAUGUUCCCACGUUGAUAUUCUCAGCUGGAAUUGGAGAUGUUAUUCAAUGUGCAGUCAAACUGCAUUCAUUUGACUAUUCAAAUGUUCAUAUAGUGUCAAACUUUAUCGAAUUUGAUGGUGAUGUUGUGACGGGAUUCAAGGGGCCUAUGAUACAUAUAUUUAAUAAAAAUGAGCAUGCUAUUAAAGGGACAGCAUACUUCAAGGAUGUGAUGUUCAGGAAAAAUGUGAUUCUGAUGGGCGAUUCUCUUGGAGACGCCGACAUGGCUGAGGGAAUUGAAAAUCCUGGUGUCAUAUUGAAAAUAGGAUUUCUCUCUUCUAAAGAUCCGAGUCUGUUUCUUCCUCAAUAUCUUUCAAAGUAUGAUAUUGUCCUACUCGAAGAUGAAACGAUGCAUCUACCAUUGUUCAUAAUUGACAGCAUUGUGGAACAAACCCUACCAUGAAGUUUUGGAAUCAGUUCCGAAUUUAUCUUCUACCAAAUUGGUAGGCUUAUAUCUUCUUUCUUUAAUCAUGGGUAAUACCAUAGUCUUGGCUUUCUGCCUUAUUGGAUUUGACCAAAAACUUAUAUAAAGUAUUUACAAAUACAUUUGUUUUAUAAUUUGUUACAGUACUAUUCUUUGAAAGAGUAGUGCACUUCCAACGUGUUUUCUGUGUAAGGAUAAUAAGAAUAGUAUUUAUAAUAUCAAGUGACCUGGCUGGCUCAGGUCUGGUGUCUAGAGUUUUCAAUACUUUUAAAUCGUGUAUCAUUUGGAGAUUUUGAAGAGUCACUUUCAUUCAGUCAUUAAUCCUGCUAAGGAUUCAUAAAACUUGAAAUUGAGUCUCACUUUUAAUAUUGUUUACUAAUGAAAUAUUUAUCAUGAUAAACCACAUGUUAGAAAUUGCUGGACAUUCGUUGUUGAAUUUUCGAUAUUUGGCCCAAACAGCAACCAGCAUCUUAUCAGAGAUAGUUUUCAUUUUUGAUAUAGUAAUAGUAGGCUAAGAUAGAUCUAUUCGACUUUUUAUUAUUUCAUGAAACUCAGAAGAACUUAUAUGACUUUGAUAUGUCCUAUUGGUUCUCACAAAUUAUAGUUCAUUUAUUUUUGAACUUACCCCCAUCCAAUUUCAUGUUGUGCCUUCAUAAUAAACUCGUUUCACGAUGUUUUCAUUAUUCCUAUAUAUCAAAGAACUACUACUAUUUAAAGAGAUUUCAAGUUGAAUUAAGUGAAUAUCAAUACAAUCCAAAAUUAUAAUAGACCUACACUUGAAAAAAGAUAAAUUUUAAAAGAAUAAGAUACUGACUAGUGAGUUCUAUAUUCAUUCAAUGAAAUGGAUUCAAAGGAUAAAAAAUGACUUACCGACAGUUCCCUUUACCACAUCACACACGUUUUCCAAUACAUUUUCAAUUGGGACUCUUUUUUGGAUUAUUUAUUGAUAUCAUCAAGUUUUGUUUGUCAUUACCAUUAUCAUAAGACUGUUAACUUGUCAAGAUUUAAUUAUCUAAAGUAACUGUUAUAAUAUUGAAGUAACACAUAUACAGUUUGUUGAUGACAUGGAUGAUGAUUUUAGAAUAAAUUGAAUGAUUCCUGGUAUUC